AUGGGCAUUCGUCAUCUUCCUUCCCAUGUUCUCAGCGUCUACUUCCUCGCCGUCCACAAUACCGCAGAGUCACAGGCGUGCUUCCUUCCUCAGCUCCAACGAGAGACGUUCCUUGGUACGCAGUGCAUAAGGUUUGGUCUGGACCAGGCAGAGAAGGUGAGGGUGGACGGCCGGGCUGGAACCCAUCGUCGUGGUAUCUCCGUCAAGUCAAACUUUUCUUCUGUAGCCCAGCAUACAAAUUCAAGCAAAUCCUCUUCCGACAAGGCCAAGCAAGCAACCACACAGCAAGGCAAUAUCAUCAACACCAGCACCGUCACCAACAACAUUGUCAGCAUCAUCAACAUCAACAUCAACAGCAUCAUCAAUAUCACCGACAUUAUUACCAUCACGACUAUUAUCCUCAGCAUCUUCAUCACCCCCAUCGCCACUGCCGCCCUUCUUGCCGUCAUUCAUCUCUUACCUACCAUAUCCAAGCAACGCCGAAGUAUCAGAUAG